CCCGGGCCCGCAUAACUUGGCUCCCGCACCGCGACAGCAGCCACACUUGCAACAACCCACCCAUGGCUGGAGACUCUAGAAUCCCAAUGAACCAGGACAUGGAGAUUGGAGCCACUCCACGGGAUUCCAAGAAGAUUCCCAAGCAGGCGCGCGAUGAUGGCCCCAUCCCUACAGACAAAACCCGGCUCCUGGCGGAAGCCAAGAAGCCCCGCCAGCGCUACAUGGAGAAGAGUGGCAAGUGCAAUGUGCACCAUGGCAAUGUCCAGGAAACCUACCGCUACCUGAGCGACCUCUUCACCACCCUGGUGGACCUCAAGUGGCGUUUCAACCUCCUCGUCUUCACCCUGGUUUACACCGUGACCUGGCUGUUCUUCGGCCUGAUGUGGUGGCUCAUCGCCUAUGUCCGGGGCGACCUGGACCAUGUCGGGGACGUGGACUGGGUCCCCUGUGUGGAGAACCUCGGCGGCUUUGUCUCCGCCUUCCUGUUCUCCAUCGAGACGGAGACCACCAUCGGCUAUGGCUUCAGGGUCAUCACGGAGAAGUGUCCUGAGGGGAUCAUCCUCCUGUUGGUUCAGGCCAUCCUGGGCUCCAUUGUCAAUGCCUUCAUGGUGGGCUGCAUGUUCGUCAAGAUCAGCCAGCCCAAGAAGAGGGCGGAGACUCUAAUGUUCUCCCACCACGCAGUCAUCUCCCUGAGGGAUGAUAAGCUGUGCCUAAUGUUCCGCGUGGGUGACCUGCGGAAUUCCCACAUCGUGGAGGCCUCCAUCCGGGCCAAGCUGAUCCAAUCUCGGCAGACCAAGGAAGGGGAGUUCAUCCCCCUGAACCAGAUGGACAUCAACGUGGGCUUCGACACGGGGGAUGAUAGACUCUUUCUCGUGUCGCCACUCAUCAUCUCCCAUGAGAUCAACGAGAAGAGCCCCUUCUGGGAGAUGUCCCGUGCCCGGCUGCAGCAGGAGGAGUUUGAGGUGGUCGUCAUUCUCGAGGGGAUGGUGGAAGCCACAGGCAUGACGUGCCAGGCACGCAGCUCAUACAUGGACUCGGAAGUGCUGUGGGGACACCGCUUCACACCUGUGCUCACCCGGGAGAAGGGCUUCUACGAGGUCGACUACAACAGCUUUCAUGCCACCUACGAGACCCGCACACCCACCUGUUGUGCCAAGGAGCUGGCUGAGGCCCGACGGGAGGGGCGGCCCCCCCAGCAGCUCCCCAGCACCACCCUGCUGGGCGGCUGGGCCACUGGGGAUGGAGUCCAAGAGGCUGAGGGGGAAGGAUCUGGGGACACCCCCGAUGGAGAGGCAGAUGGCUCUGCCUGAUGCCCAGAUGCCAGAGGGACUGACCACUCACCAUCCGCCCCCCAGUGGGGCCCAGCUCCUCUCCACUCGGGGAUACCCACUGCCUCCCUGGCACCUUCUGGGUGAGGCGGCCUCAUCAAACGGCUCAGGUUCAGGGAUGGUGGCGUCCCAGCUUUGCCCCAUCCAGGGCCAGUCCUCCCAGGAAUUACAGGAAGAUAUCCCGCCCCUCUCCCCUUGUCCUCUCAAGUUUCCAUCCCCCCAGGUGGUGCCCAGAGGUUGGGAGCUGUGAGAACUCUGUGACAUAAAAGCGCUGUGAUUUUCUGCCUUACUGGUGUGGCCUCUGCAGCCCCGGCCCUGGAGCCAGUCCCUGUCCUGGUGCCCUGACGGGGGAAACUGAGGGAUGCCCUGGCUCCAAGGGGCCUCUUGAGGGAGGUGGACUGGGCAUGGAGGGCCCACCACGUGGAGUGGCAUUGUCCUGCGAGGCCUCUCGACAACUGGAAACUUUGCUGUUGGCUUUGCAGGAAGUGGAGCAAAUGUGGAGGCUGGAGGGUGAGGACCUCAUUCUCCACCUGGGCAACCGAGACUGUGGUAGGCAGCACUCGGGCCUCUGCCCACCCGGCGUCUCAUCAGCAGCAUCCAGCUCCCGACCUUCUAGACUGUGAGCCCACUGUUGGGUAGGGACCGUCUCUACGUGUUGCCAACUUGUA